UACGAGGCACGUCCAAACAUGACAUCGGAGAACAACGAAGAUGCCGACUACUCGGAGCGACAGCCUCUGUACGAGGGCAAGCCGCAGUCGCGCCAGUUUACUGUCGCGGGGGUUGUGAGCACCAAGCAGCGUCGGCUCGAAGACCACGUGAUUGAAGGCGUCACCUCUUCGUCGUACAGCACCAACAGCAACAAGGAACUCUUGUGUCUCGAGUAUGUCGCCAACUUUCGCAAACAAUUCGACGAUCUCAUGGACGCGUCCGACAUCUGUCGUCCGCCGUUGUACCUAAGUCCCCCGAACGAGCGCGGCAUCCCCAAGUUUGUGUGCACAACGCUUCGUCCAACGCUACUUCCGUUCCUGGACCUCUACGACAUGGACAAGCUCGCGACGUUUGUGUCUGGUCUCAUCGAGUACGAACCCCUCGUCGAUCCGUGCGCACCUCCGGCGUGUCUGCCGUCUCCGUCCGCGGUGCUGGCGUGGCAAGCCGGCGAUUCCUUCGACAUGGCCAACGUCCUGGCGAGUUUCCUCAUUGGUGCGGGCUACGAUGCUUACGUCGUGCACGGGAAAGCGCCCAAGUGGGUGUGUUUGCUCGACCAAAGCCACACCGAGUGUCCCUAUCUCGAGGGAUUAACCAGUGGAAGCACCACAACAUCGUCCUUAACGGCGGCGCCAUCGUCCGUGGACACCGCGGCAGCCCCGAAAGACGAAGGCAAAAGCAAGUUCGUCGCCAUGCAGGAAGCCAAAGAUGCCGCCCGCCGCGCAGAUGAAGCGGCGCGUCUCGACUGGACAAAGUACAUGGAUGUUGACGACGAAGACGAAGAUGAACUCGACGGCAAACGAGUGCACGCGUGGGUCCUAGUUCGCGCCGGACGUCGCGAUGUCACGGAGCACGUGUUCUUGGAGCCAUCCACGGGCCGCAAGUACCCCGUGAGAGCAUCGCCAUACCUUCGCAUCGAGGCAGUGUGGAACCAUCAAAACUACUGGGUCAACAUGCAGCCCACCUGCUCGUCGUCCUUAUCUUCUUCUUCAACGAAAGCCGCCGCCGCCGCGUCCUGCAGCGACACACUGUUUGACUUGAACCACGCGACAGACUGGGAGUUUGUGUUUUUGUCAUCCCAAGAUCGACGAGGGGGCGGCGGCAGUGGCCGGAGCAGCGGGCUGCAUGGAGAUGGCGGCGAGUCCAAACACAACGACGACCUCGACGGGGGUCGCGCCGACAACAACAGCCACCACGACGGCGACGAGGAUGCCGCCGACGACGACAACGUGCUCGACUUGCCUCCGUCAUGGGUCGCCAAGCUCCACGUGGACCGAAAGGCGUACAAGCGGCGGUUCGUCACGGCCGGCCAGCGCACGACGCUGUUCCGAAAAGCCAAAGUCGAAGAGUUCGCAGAGAACAACCACGCCCAGGGCCUUGUGCUCCGCAUCACGCAGUUCCGAAACAUCGCGCGCACGUUGCCCGUGCAAGUUCGCGAGGUGUUUAAAAAUCGCAAGGACAAACUGCACUUGCGGGUGCGGUAUCCGUUGGAGGGGAAGUUUGAGGAGCAUUUUCUACCUGGUCGGGUGCCCGAAGCAUUGGCCACGCGCACCGAGUGGAGCGGAUUUCGACGCGACUUGGGCUUUUACACGAGUGCCCGAAUGGAUGGUCUUGUGACGAGGGAAGAAGUGAUCCACAAGCGCACGGUCGAGUCGUUCGAAGGCCGCGACGACUUUCUCGUCGGUCGGUCGGUCGCGCUCACGGAGGACAAGGACGAGGCCAAAGCCGGCGCCGCGUCCUUCGUGCUCCCCGGGGGCGGCUCGGGCGAGCUCGUGGUGCUCAAAAUGGCCGAAAAGUACGACCGCAACGACCGCAAAGACGCCGACGAGGACGCACGCAAACGCACGUACAACGUCCGCGACGGGUCGAUCCACGUGCAAUUUCACUACGCCGUGGGUAAGAUCACAUCUGGGUCGCGGGUGUACCACAAGGCGCCUGGGACGCCCGUGGACGUGUUUCAAGUGGACCCGAUGGCCACGCGACCUAAAGAGUCCAUUUUGGAUAGGGAGCUCCAAGCCGCCAUUCAGAUGGAGAAGGAGUGCUACAACAACAUACGUCAUUCCGACGUUGAAACGCAAGAGAUUCUCAAGUUCCGACGCCGCGAAGAAGCCAGCAUUGCGCUGGAAACGAGCAUUUUCGACGCGCAAGACGACGAGUCCAAGCACGACCGCGUCGACGACCCGCACAAAGCCGGCAAAGACGCCAAGGCGGAGACGGACUACUUGAGCCCGUUCCUGCAAAGCGUCCACAGCCACCAUCGGACCCCCCAUGGAGGUGGCCGUAAGCAGGUGCUUUCGCGGGACGACGCGCAUAAUGUGCGCGACAUGUGCUUGAAGAACCUCAAGGAAAGGCUUCUGGAGCGCGCCAACAUCAUCCAGACGCGGCUGGACAAGGAGAACGCAGCGUUGGCCAAGAAGCAAGCGGCGUUCCAGCGAAGUCAGCGCGAGCACGACCAAGGCACGGACGAAGAAUUUGAGCGAUUUUGUUCGGAGACGAUGUUUCGGAUUCAAAUCUUGGAACAGCGUCUCACGCGACACGAAGAAACGGCGCUCCAAAAGUACGCCGAGCUCGACCAACGUCUGCAUAGCGACCCGCGCCUGGCGGUGCUGCACCAGUAAAUAACGAUAUGGUUUCGAUAUGAUUUUAUAUACUAGUUAUUUUUGUGCAUUUCGCUCAAAUAUCC